AUGUCUUUCUUUAAUUUUCGCAAAAUAUUCAAGUUGGGUCCUGAGAAGAAGAAAAAACAAUAUGAUCACGUUCAGAGAGACGUGAAUCCUGAAGAAACCUGGGAGAUCCUGGGAGAAUUAGGAGAUGGAGCCUUUGGGAAGGUGUACAAGGCCCAGAACAAACAGUCUGGCAUUUUGGCAGCAGCAAAGGUGAUUGACACUAAAACCGAAGAGGAACUGGAGGAUUAUAUGGUGGAGAUCGACAUACUGGCAUCAUGUGACCAUUUCAACAUUGUGAAGCUCCUGGAUGCUUUCUACUAUGAGACUAAGCUCUGGAUUCUGAUUGAAUUCUGUGGUGGAGGUGCGGUGGAUGCUGUAAUGUUGGAGCUGGAAAGGCCGCUGACAGAGCCACAGAUCAGAGUGGUGUGUAAACAGACUCUGGAGGCUUUGGUCUACCUUCAUGAAAACAAAGUCAUCCAUCGAGACUUGAAGGCUGGAAACAUUCUGAUUACACUGGACGGGGACGUCAAACUUGCCGAUUUUGGAGUGUCUGCCAAAAACACUAAAACCAUCCAGAGACGAGACUCUUUCAUUGGAACGCCAUACUGGAUGGCGCCAGAAGUGGUGAUGUGCGAGACGUCAAAGGACAGGCCGUAUGACUACAAGGCAGAUAUCUGGUCCCUUGGCGUAACCCUAAUUGAGCUGGCACAGAUCGAGCCACCCAAUCAUGAAAUGAACCCCAUGCGGGUGCUGCUGAAGAUCGCCAAGGCCGAUCCACCCACCCUCAUGCAGCCCUCUAAAUGGUCUUCAGAGUUCAGUGACUUUCUGAAACAUUCUCUGGAUAAGAACGUGGACAACAGAUGGAGUGCACCGCAGCUCCUUCAGCAUCAAUUUGUGAACAGCAUUACUGAUAACAAAUCAAUUAGAGAGCUGAUAGCUGAGGCUAAAGCUGAAGUCACAGAGGAGAUCGAGGAGUCCAAGGAGGAAGAAGAGGACGAGGAUCACGAAGCACAUAUGCUGCUUCGUGGACACAAGCGUGCCUCAUCUGAUGCCAGCAUUGUGAGCUCUGAGGACGAGAAGCUUCCCCAGUCACCAUCCACCUUGGAAGUCGUUCCAGAGAAAAUUGAAGAGAUUGCCACUCCCACAACCCCAGAUGUGGAACUUAUUACUAACAAGACAGCUAUACCUGAAAUCCCCAAAACAGAUGUGAACCACAUCCAGGAAGCUCCAGAACCUGUCCAGGAACCUGCAAAGGUACCAAGUCCAAGUGUAAAAACUCAGGAACCAAAAGAUGAUGAAAAAAUUGUAGAAACUACUAAAGAACAUAUCAAACCAGAAGUGGUAAAAGACAAAAUACAACCAGCACCAAAAGAAGAAAUGAUGCUGGACAGGCCUGAAAUUGUAACUGUAACUCAAGAAAAUGAUUCAUUGGUGAAGGAAGAGCCUGUCCCUGAGAAGGCAGUACCGGAGGAACCUGUUAAAGACAUUGAGGUUACAGUCACUGUGCCUGAGAAGAUAAUUACACCUCCAACUUCUCCAGUAAACGAUGCGGAAAAGACAAACGUUGAGGAUGAGAAGUCUGCAGAAAGCCCAACAAAGCCCAGAUUUCAGAAGAAAGACUCAGCAACAGAAAGAAACAGUCUAGAUCUAAACUUGUCUAUCUCCAGCUUUAUGAGUAAAUCUAAGGAGGCUGGAUCAAUGUCCAUACAGGAUAAAAAACGACAAAAGAAGACCCUGAAAAAAACUCGCAAGUUCAUGGUGGAUGGAGUGGAGGUUAGCGUAACGACGUCAAAGAUCGUCACAGAUAACGACACCAAAAAUGAAGAGAUGAGAUUCCUAAGACGUCAGGAGCUGAGAGAGUUGCGGUUGUUGCAGAAAGAGGAGCAAAGAGCCCAACAGCAGCUCAGCAACAAACUACAGCAGCAGAGAGAGCAGACCUACAAACGCUUCGAGCAGGAGACCACGAGUAAGAAGCGGCAGUACGAUACAGAAGUGGAGAACAUGGAGCGCCAGCAGAAGCAAACUAUCGAGCGACUAGAACAGGAGCACACCACCCACCUCCGCGACGAAGCCAAGAGAAUCAAGGGCGAGCAGGACAAAGAGCUCUCCAAGUUUCAAAACAUGCUGAAAAAUCGCAAGAAAGAGGAACAGGAGUUCUUGCAGAAACAGCAGCUGGAACUGGAUAGCAGUCUGAAGAAGAUCAUCCAGCAGCACAAGCUCGAGCUGGCAACUGUGGAGAGAGACUGCCUUAACCACAAACAGCAGCUGCUCCGAGCAAGGGAGGCAGCAAUGUGGGAGCUGGAGGAGCGCCACCUCCAAGAGAAACACCAACUCCACAAACAGCAACUCAAAGACCAGUACUUCAUGCAGAGACACCAGCUGCUCAAGAGACAUGAAAAGGAAAUGGAGCAGAUGUACAGGUACAACCAGAGACUCGUGGAGGAAAUGAAGACAAAGCAGACCCAGGAAAAAGCACGACUGCCUAAGAUCCAGCGCCAAGACGCCAAGACACGCAUGGCCAUGUACAAGAAAAGUUUGCGUAUCACCUCUGCAGUGGGAACCCCUGAACAGGAGAGGGAGAAGAUCAAACAGUUUGCAGCACAGGAGGAGAAGAGGCAAAAGAACGAGAGGCUUCAUCAACUUCAGAAACAUGAAAAUCAGAUGAGAGACCUGCAACUGCAGUGUGAUGCCAAUAUCAGAGAGCUGCAGCAGUUACAGAAUGAAAAGUGCCAUCUGCUGAUUGAACAUGAAACAGAAAAGCUGAAGGAGCUGGAUGAGGAGCACAGUGCCGAGCUAAAGGACUGGAGAGAAAAACUGAGACCCAGGAAAAAGGCACUGGAAGAGGAGUUUGCUAGAAAGGUUCAGGAACAGGAGGUCUUUUUCAAGAUGACCGGAGAGUCCGAGUGCCUUAAUCCUUCUGCCCCGAGCCGAAUCUCCAAGUUUUACCCUGUCCCCACUGUACAGUCCACCGGGUUUUAACACACACUUAAACAAAAGUACUGCGCAAGUUGGCACAACCGUACCGAAACCCAGCUGAGCAAUGCAAAUAUAUUUAUAUUGCUUAAUUAUACAGCCACAAACUAUACAGUGCACACACACACCUUGUGACUGAUUAACAUGACUGAACAUUUGCUGCCUUCCCCCUCUAAAACAAUCAGGUUUAAAAGGGGGGGGGGGGGAGGGGCACUUUAAAGGGCUAUAGAACCUUAACUUUUCUUGUAGAAGAAGUGAGUUGUCUAUGUUACAAGCACAUAAUGGCUAAGGAAUUGAUUAUAUUUAGAAUUUUAAAUAUAAUUCAAUAUAUUACAUUAAAUUAAUAAGCCAG